AUUAGAACAAUCAAUAAUUAAACAUAUUUUAAGUUUCUUUCGUCAAGAUUUAUCUCUUUUUUAUUAUCAGAGAGGGAUUUUUAACGUUCGCAGGAGAAAUUUCUUUUUAUAAAAUUAGAAGAAUGAAAUUUUUGAUUGUUACUAAUAUAUUUUCUUGAUUUUUCAGUUAGUUGUGGGAAGUUCCUAUGUCCUGUUGUUUUCCCCUCCACCUUUCCAAAACUACAAUUAUUUUCCACACUAUUUAGAAGGAAAGUACACAAACAGCCGCCCUGUCACGAGAGACUCCAUCACUGUAACCGCUCCUUUGGAUCUCUCAUUCUUUUAUUUUCUCCAGUUUUUUCCUCUCAAUUUUUUCAUUUCGUUCUGCAAAAUUUGCAGUGACUAGCUGUUUAAAAAGUGUCCGUUCUUUUAAUGCAUUAAGAAAUUCAUUUUUUAUUUUGAAGCCAAAACCGAAAAAGUACCUUGUCUCUGAACGAGUCAGCUGCAAAUCUGACAUGCAAGUGUCAGUGAUUAGCAGAAGCGGUUAGCUGACAGAGAGAGAGACAAAAAUGAGAGUGCAACAGAGGUUACAGCGGUAUAUACAGUAUGGUUCAGGAUCUUACUCUCAUUUCACCGACACCAUCUCUACUUCUAUGAAGCUGUCUUCAAGAUUCUCCACUGUCUUCCUCCUCCUCAUUUUCUUCGCCGGCGCGUUCUUCACCACGCGACUCCUUGACUCUUCUGCUUUUACUGGCGGCUCGGUUCAAAAGCCACUUUUACUCGACCAAAUCCCCGAAAAGCCCCUAAAAAAAAUCGAGAUCCCACUUGAUUGCGCUGCUUUCAACCUCACACGAACAUGUCCCACAAAUUACCCCACAACUUCCACAGAAAAUCCGGACCGUCCGUCUGUCUCAACGUGUCCAGAAUACUUCCGUUGGAUCUAUGAAGACUUACGACCGUGGGCCCGAACGGGGAUAUCAAGGGAUAUGGUGGAGAGAGCCAAACGGACGGCGAAUUUCCGGUUAGUAAUAGUGAAGGGGAAAGCUUACAUUGAGAGGUACAGAAGAUCGUUUCAAACUAGAGAUGUUUUUACGCUGUGGGGGAUCCUACAGUUGUUAAGGAGAUACCCUGGAAAAGUCCCUGAUUUAGAUAUGAUGUUUGAUUGCGUCGACUGGCCAGUUGUCAAGUCAAAGGACUACAGUGGGCCUAAUUCAACGAGCCCACCACCUUUGUUUCGCUACUGCGGCGAUGAUGAUACACUUGAUGUCGUUUUUCCUGACUGGUCGUUUUGGGGAUGGUCAGAGAUCAACAUAAAGCCAUGGGAGAGUUUGCUGAGUGAGUUAAAAGAAGGGAAUGGGAGGAGAAAAUGGAUGGAAAGGGAAGCUUAUGCUUACUGGAAAGGAAAUCCGACCGUUGCUGCUACCAGACAGGAUCUUAUGAAAUGUAAUGUCUCUGAACAACAAGACUGGAAUGCUCGUGUCUAUGCACAGGAUUGGAUUAAAGAAUUAGAGCAAGGGUAUAAACAAUCAAAUUUGGCAAGCCAAUGCAUGCACAGGUAUAAGAUUUACAUUGAAGGAUCUGCUUGGUCUGUCAGUGAAAAAUACAUUCUUGCAUGCGAUUCUGUAACUUUGCUUGUAAAACCUCAUUACUACGAUUUCUUCACUAGAAGUUUGAGGCCAGUUGAGCAUUAUUGGCCUAUUAAGAAUGACGACAAGUGCAGGUCCAUUAAAUUUGCUGUUGAUUGGGGUAAUUCCCACAAGCAAAAGGCUCAAGCCAUUGGAAAAGCCGCGAGUCAAUUCAUACAGGAGGAAUUGAAGAUGGACUAUGUGUAUGAUUACAUGUUUCAUCUCUUAAGUGAAUAUGCAAAGCUGUUGACAUUCAAGCCUGUUAUACCUCGAAAAGCUAUCGAACUCUGUUCGGAAUCCAUGGCUUGCAAAGCAAAUGGACUAGAGAAGGAGUUUAUGAUGCAAUCCAUGGUUAAGGGUCCUGCAGAGACAGGUCCAUGUACCGUGCUUCCUCCUUAUAAUCCUUCAUCUCUUCAUUCUAUUUUAAGAAGAAAUGAGAAUUCAAUAAAACAAGUGGAGUUAUGGGAGAAAAAAUACUGGGACAAACAAAGUAAGCAGUAGUAGAUCUUGAAUAUAGGAGUUAAUGUAUACCUAAUUUUUUUUCAAAUCUUAUAGAUAGUAUAGUUUAGUUUAGUUUAUGCAAAUUAAAGGAGAAAAUUCUAGGAAGCUGAGUAAACAAAGCAGAGUAAUCAGAAUAAUAAAGUACUUUUGAUUCUAUGAGCGCUGUAACAUAAGCUUGGUCUUGAACUCCAUUGGAGAGCUUAUUCAUAAUUAUUCUUCAAGUAAUAGUCCUAUAAAUUUCUUGAUCCGUCGAAA